AUGGGUGUGGAUUACUACAACAUCCUCAAGGUCAACCGCAACGCGAGCGAGGACGACCUGAAGAAGGCCUACCGCCGGCUGGCCAGGAUCUGGCACCCAGACAAGAACGCCAACAAGCACGAGGCCGAGGCCAAGUUCAAGCAGAUCUCCGAGGCCUACGACGUCCUCAGCGACCCCCAGAAGCGCCAGAUCUACGAUCUGUACGGAGAGGAAGGCCUCAAGUCCGGGCAGUUCCCGCCGCCGCCGCCGCGGGGCUCCCGGGCGGCGCAUGGGAACCAGGGUUUCCACUACAACAGCCAGCAGCACCCGAACCCUAAUUUCCGGUUCAACCCUAGGGACGCGGACGAUAUCUACGCCGAGAUUUUUGGUGAGAACAGCGGUGGGGGUGCUGGAUGCGGCGGCGGCGGUAGUGGGGGUGCUAGGAGGGACGGGCAUUUCAGGAGCACGACGAUGAAUGGUGGUGGUAGGGAUUAUGGUUCGGGCGGCGGGGGUGGGUCAAGGAAGGCCCCGCCGGUCGAGAAUGUGUUGAUGUGUAGUUUGGAAGAAUUGUACUCUGGUUCUACGAGGAAGAUGAAGAUUUCAAGGAAUGUUCUUGAUUCUCAGGGUAAGCUCCAGGUGUUGGAGGAGAUCUUAACCAUCGACAUAAAACCCGGUUGGAAAAAGGGCACAAAAAUCACUUUCCCAGAAAAGGGCAAUGAAGAACCGGGCAUAAUUCCAGCUGACCUCAUUUUCGUGCUGGACGAAAGACCUCAUCCAGUUUACACGAGAGAUGGCAAUGAUUUAAUCGCCAGACUCGAAAUAACACUGCUUGAAUCAUUAACCGGGAAGAAAAUCGAGCUCACCACACUCGAUGGCCGGAAUAUUACAGUUCCCUUAACCGAAAUCGUCAAACCUGGGCACGAGAUUACUGUCCCGAAUGAGGGUAUGCCCGUCUCGAAAGAUCCCAGGAAAAAGGGAGCUCUGAAGAUUCAAAUCGACGUCAGGUACCCAAAACGGCUGACUGAAUCACAAAAAUAUGAAUUGAGGAGAGUUUUGGGAGGAAAUUCUUGA